AUGAGAUCCAACGACCAAUUAAUUUACCUGCCAGUGCAGACCAAAAUUUCAUGUCUUUUCGAAAUUGAAUUUAGUGAGACUGAAAAAAAGGUCAUUGCUAUCGACAAGUUACAUAAAAAAGUACUCAAAUUACCUUCGGAUAUCAUCUCAGUAAAUCCGACAAUUAAAAUUGAUGGCACUUGUUGCCUGAUUAGAAAUGGACAACUUUAUAAACGAUACGACAGAAAAUUAAAUAACAAGGGCAGCUUGAAAAAUAAGAAUUUUCAAAAACAAUUAAAUGCACAGAAUGGAAAUAUCGAUAAUAAGGAUGAUGUUCUACAAUUUGAUGUUAAUACAGAUUUUAAAGAGGGACCUUCUGGCUGGAUUCCUUGUGAUAGUAUUCGUGAAUUAUUCGAAACUCAACAAGCUCAUGUUUCCUCUCAACACCUAGUGGGAUGGGUUCCUGUGAACGUUAAUGAUGCAGCCGACAAAUGGCACACCACUGCUAUUGUCACUUCGAAAAUUGACAAUGAAAAAUAUGCAACAUUACUAAUUCCGUACUAUGAUGAAAUGGCACAACUGGCCAAAUUUAGAGUAGAAUUGAGAAAAAUUUCAGAAUUGGAGGGGCAGACUUUGGAAUUGAUUGGCUCUAAAAUUAAUGGAAAUGUGUAUAAUUUUCCCAAGCAAGAGAAACAACAUUUUCUGUGUCCUCAUGGUUGGGCAUCCUAUCUAUGGGAUGAAAAGAAUGAGUUUUUACAAGAUGUCAAGAAAAUUACACUUGAAAGUUUGAAGAGAUGGUUUGAAGAUCCGAACAUCCAAAUGUCCAAGAGUGAAGGAAUUGUAUUUCAUAUAAAUUACAAAGAGAAUGAGCAAUCCAGAACGCUUCUGUUGAAAGUACAUCGAGACCAUUUGAAUUUGAAAUGGCCAACCCAAGGAUGCGACCCACAAUUUAACUAUGAGCCCUGUUGGUUAGAAGAGCUUGAAAAGCUGAAGGAACAAUAUAAAUGCUGCUAA